AUGCGCCCCUGUGUGAGCCUCAAUUCGGCCUCUUUACGAGCGGGCAUUAGGAACAAUCCUUGCGAAUGUACGGAUUGGGAGUUGCAUGACUGCUGGUGUACCAAGACUACGUCUGGUACCUGCGCCGAUGCGGUCAUCAUGCAGCUGGACAGCACAACUAUCGGCCCGGCCUGGCAGGAAUAA